CCAACCCUAGGUGCCUGUUUUCGUGCCACCUCGAUGUGGUCAGGCAGAGCAGGAAGCCCCCCUGCCUGCCCCGGUAAGGAGGAGGCAUGCAGGCACAGCUCCUUCCCCCUUUCUGGCCAAGGCAAGGGCAGCUGCCAGGCUCUGUCUGGGCACAGCCCUUCAGAAGAGGAAGUGUUUUUCCCUGCCUGCAACCCCCCCACUGCCAGCCUCUCACCCCCACCGUCCCCAAAACGGGGCAGGACGUGACCCUGUGGCAGCCCUGUGACCACUACCAAGAAGGGAGGGACAGGAGAGGAGGGAGGCGAGCGCGGACCCCGAGGAGGAGAGGCCACCAAAAAAAGGAGGACGACAGGAGGAACCCCCUGCCCUGCACCGAGAUGGCCACCCAUCUCAGUCACUGCGGUAACUUCAGCAGCUUCCAGGAGUCGCUGUGGCCGGUGCUGGCGGUGCAGUUCCCGCCGGCGUUGGUGGGUAACGGCAUAGCCGUCUACCGUUUCGCCACCCGCGAGCGCUCCUGGCACAGCGGCAUCGUCUACUCCUUCCACCUGGCCGUCAGCGGGAUGCUCUACUCCCUCUCGCUGCCGUUUUUGGCGGCGUAUUACCACCCGCCCAAGGACUGGCGCUACGGACCGGUGCUGUGCAAGCUGGAACGUUUCUUUUUCAACUACAACCUCUACGGCGGCAUCUUCUUCGUCACCUGCAUCAGCCUUAACCGCUACCUCGGCAUCGUUCACCCCCUACGGGUCCACGGGCGCCUGCAGCCACGCCACGCCAAGGUGCUGAGCGCGGUUGUUUGGGUGCUGGCCGGGGUGCUCUCAGCACCCACCUUUUUUUUUACGGAGCUACAAAAAGCGGAGGGUGCGACCGAGUGUUUGGGGAGCGCGGCCCCGCAGCAGCUGCAGAGGUUUUAUCCCUACAGCCUGCUGCUGGCCGGGCUGGGCUGCGGGCUGCCCUUCCUCCUCACCGCCUCCUGCUACGCCGCCAUUAUCCGCACCGUUUUCCGUAAUCCUCACCUCAGCCAGCCGGAAAAAAGGAAGGUGGGAAUGCUGGUGGGGGCGGGAGUGGCUCUCUACGCUUUUUCCUACCUGCCCUACCACAUUUUCCGUAACCUCAACCUAUGGCGUCGCCUGCUGCGACCAGGCACGGAGGACUGCGCCGUCUCCAAAGCCAUCCACGCCACCGCUCAGGUCUGCAAGAUCCUCGUUAACCUCAACAUCUGCCUGCAGCCGCUGCUCUACGCCGCCCUGGCCGACAGCAUGCAGAGCUGCUGCGGUGCCGGCUGCAGCACGGGCACCAACACCGCCACCAAGGAGCGGGCUGAGCACUUGGAGCUCUGGCCAGCAGCCUAGGAGACCCCCGGGGUGGCCCAAGGAGGCUGGCACAGCUGGUACAGGGCUCGGCGCAGCCCUUGGGCACGCGUUUCCCUCCCGGAAAGGGCGGCAGUAAUGUGGGAGAAACGGGAUUAAAGCCGAAACCGCA